AUGUUGACCCAAUCCAUGUUUGCCUCUCGGGCUGUCUUAAAGUCUGGCUGCUUAAGAGCAACUCAACUGUCGCGUGCUCGCAGGUACCAUGACUUUGCUCAGAGCAAGUUCUUCAAGGUUUCAGAGGAAGUGCGGGAUGCCGUUGCUACUGGGAGACCAGUUGUGUCACUGGAAACAACAAUCUAUACUCACGGAUUCCCAUAUCCCGAUAAUGUUGCACUGGCUACAAUGCUGGAGUCUGUUGUUAGAGCUAAUGGUGGUGUACCUGCAACUGUGGGCAUCGUCAAUGGUGUGGCUAAGGUUGGUCUAAGUGGGGAUGAGCUCAUUGAACUUGCCUCCACAGUGGAAAAGAAGAGUGCUUUGAAAGUGUCUCGUAGAGAUCUGGGCUACAUAUGUGGCAUGGGCCUGGCUGGCAAACCAAUGCAUGGCGGUACAACCAUCUCUGGCACCAUGAUCCUCUCGGAGCUCGCUGGUAUCAAAAUCUUUGGCACUGGAGGGCUAGGUGGUGUGCAUCGCGGAGCAGAGAACUCAAUGGACAUCUCUGCUGAUCUCACUGAGCUGGGUCGUACCCCUGUGACGGUCAUCAGCUCUGGCUGUAAGAGCUUCUUGGAUAUACCUCGAACGCUUGAGUAUCUUGAGACUGAAGGCGUUUGCGUUGGUACAUUUGCUGAUGGCCGCGAGGGCUCGGUUGAUUUCCCGGCUUUCUACACUCGAGACAGUGGAUUCCGGAGCCCUCGAACCAUUCAAAAUGAAGCCGAGGCGGCCGCGAUUGUUUAUGCACAGUCAAAGCUUCCGGUAAAGUCUGGGAUUCACUUUGCCAACCCAGUCCCCUUGGAGUCCUCCGUCCCGAAGGCCGAGAUGGACGUUGCGAUCGAAGAAGCCAUCCGUCUAUCCCACGUAGAAGGCUUCCACGGCAGUGACAACACGCCAUUUGUGCUUGCCAAGAUCAAAGAACUGAGUGGCGGAAAGAGCGUAGUCGCUAACAGGGCUCUAAUCGAGUCGAACGUCAAGCGUGCAACCCGAGUAGCCGUGGAACUUGCCAAGCUUGAAAAGGCUGACCUAGGAGCAGGGUCUCGCCACAUGCCAGCAAUUCCAAGUGUAGCUUCGCUCAGCCAAGCCACUUCGCAAGUUCAAGAUACACCUGAACCGAUCUCAGCUUCACCUGUUGCACCAACCGAGGAAGCAGACAUCUUGGUUGCCGGUUCCCUCGCCAUUGACCUGUCCUGUGACUAUACUCCGUUCGGAGACGAGCGCACGCAGGUAGCACCUGUACCGCACACCUCGAACCCAGCAGUCAUUGGGCAGAGUCUUGGGGGUGUAGGACAUAACGUCGCUGUGGCAGCUAGCUAUGUCGGCAGCGAGGUUCUGUUUUGCAGCGUCGUAGCAGACGAUCUGAGUGGCCGCGCGGCGCUUUCGACUCUCGAAAAAGAAGGCCUUAGCACCGCCGGUAUUCAAGUCCUGCCUGCGACCACUGGCACUCGCACUGCGCAAUACAUCGCUAUUAAUGACAUUAAAAAGGAUUUAUUGGUAGCCAUGGCUGACAUGGGAAUCGUCGAGCUCCCAGAAGCACAGCUUGACUUUGACGGAUUCUGGGAGCCUCUGAUCGAGCGUACAAAGCCUCGCUGGGUGGUCGUUGAUGCCAAUUGGCGACCCGAGGUCCUGGCCAAGUGGAGCAAGAUGGCGCAAAAGCACGGUGCUCGUGUGGCUUUCGAACCAGUCUCAACGGCCAAGUCUCGACGUCUCUUCGGCGGUGAUUCCAACGCCUCGGGGGCGGCCAUCGGCCCAACCCAGACUGUGCCCAACAAUGCUAUCAGCCUUGCCUGUCCAAACCGGCUUGAGCUGACUGCUAUGUACACCGCUGCCCGGGAAGCGCUUCUCUUUGAAUCAACGGGCUGGUGGCACGUCAUAGAUUCAAUGAAUCUGUCUCCAGCUGGUUCACGCCAGCGACUCGUCGCACUCACAUCGCCGGAGCUUGUUGACGAAGGCAUUCCACAGCAAUCUCUCCAGCUUCUUCCCUUUAUUCCCUGCAUUGUCACCAAGCUGGGUGGUGCUGGUGCCCUCGUCACUCAGCUUCUGCCACCUGGUGACCCUCGUCUCACAGACCCUGAGUCUGCGCCAUAUGUCAUUGCCCGUGUGCCACCCAAUACGGACGUUCCAUUCGGUGGUGUUUACAUGCGCCUAUUCUCGCCUGGGGCCAUUCUCGGCGAAAACGACAUUGUUAGCGUUAAUGCGGCAGGUGAUACACUGCUAGGUGUUUUGGUGGCCGGUUUAGCUAAACAGGGCCGGUCGGCACGUGUCGAGGAGAUUGUACCGAUUGCCCAAGAGGCAAGUCGAAAGACCUUGGCUAGCGCCGGGGGUGUUAGCAAGGACCUUGUUGAGCUACGGUCUGCUUUGGAGCUGCAAUAA